GGAAGCCAAGUACUUAAAGAGACGCCCCGGUCGGUGAAACCAAUGGGGCUUUUCGACAAGCUAGCGGGAUGGCUCGGACUGAAAAAGAAGGAGGUGAAUGUUCUGUGUUUGGGUCUCGACAACAGCGGCAAAACCACAAUCAUCAAUCAACUCAAGCCGUCUAAUGCUCAGGCACAAGAUAUUGUCCCAACCAUCGGCUUCAGCAUAGAAAAAUUUAAAACGUCAAGUCUGUCCUUCACAGUGUUUGACAUGUCAGGCCAAGGCAGAUACAGGAACCUUUGGGAACACUAUUACAAGGAAGGUCAAGCCAUUAUAUUUGUGAUUGACAGCGGAGAUAAGCUGAGAAUGGUGGUUGCUAAAGAGGAACUUGACACCCUGUUAAACCAUCCAGACAUAAAACACAGGAGGAUACCCAUCCUGUUCUUUGCUAAUAAGAUGGACCUGAGAGACGCCCUGUCUUCUGUGAAGGUCUCACAGCUGCUGUGUCUGGAGAAUAUCAAAGAUAAGCCCUGGCACAUCUGUGCCAGUGAUGCAGUCAAAGGAGAGGGUUUACAGGAAGGGGUUGACUGGCUGCAAGAACAAAUUGCACUAUCAAAUCAAAAUGAUGAGAACAUGAGACCUUCUUAG